AUGGAAGAAUUUCCUCGCUCAAAAUGUGUAUUUACCUUCCCCAUUCGGAUUCGUUUCUUUCUUUUUCAUUUAAUUUUCGUCGUUUCUUUCUUUCUUUCUUUCUUUCUUUCUUUUUCACUUAAUUUACGUCGUUUCUUUCUUUCUUUCUCAUUUAAUUUUCGUCGUUUUUUCGUUUUUAUCUUCAACGUUCCUUUAUAUUUUUCAUUUGAAUUUCGUCGUUACUCUCUGUCUGCUUUACUUAAUUUUCAUCGUUUCUUUCUGUCUUUUCGUUUAAUUUUCGUCGUUUCUCCCUUUUUUUCGGGUAAUUUUCAUCGUUUCUUUUGUUUUUAUUUAAUUUUCGUUGUUGCUUUCUUUCUUUUUCAUUCAAUUUUCGUCAUUUCUUCCUUACUCAUUCAAUUUUCGUUGUUUUUUUUCUCUCUAUUUCAUUUGCUUUUUGUUGUUCCUUCCUUUCUUUCUUGUUUAACUUUCGUCAUUUCCUUCCUUUCUUUCAUUUAA